AUGGCCGCUCGCGUUCCCCGGACGCACGUCAUAUGCGUUCUUCUCGUCGCCCUGCUGCUGCAGACUCAAUGCUCCCAAGCCCAAGAGUUCAUAAAAGGCGUCGCACUCGUCAGGGGCGCGUCGGGGAAAGUGGAAACUCAGAGUGCAACAAUCGGAGCUGCUGCCACGUCAUCACAAGCGAGCGCCUACGAUCCCGCAGCGGCGGACGCGGUGGUGGUGGAGGCGGCGGCGGCGGCGAAGCGGACGCGCGCGCCUCUGCGAUACAGUCGCAAGGAGGUGAUUUCGUCGUUCAACAAGGCGGCACACCUCCUGCGACUCUCCGCGAAUAGCUUGACGCAAUCGUCACCGCUUCCCUCCUCUUCUACCCCUCUCCCCAUCUCCCUCCCCUCCCCCUUCCUCCCCUCUCUCUCCCCACUUCAUCCUCCCAGGCGCUUUACUCGCCUGUUCACGGCGAUGCAGGCGUUUCGCAACGCAGUGGCGCUGGUGGAGAUGGGCAAGCGCAACUACGAUCUCGCAGAACCCCAAAUGCUCAACGGCAUUCUCCCUCUCAUACCCCCUCCCCUCUCCCAGGCAAUUUACUCGCCUGUUCACGGCGAUGCAAGCCUUUCGCAACGCAGUGGCGCUGGUGGAGAUGGGCAAGCGCAAGUACGAUCUCGCAGAACCUCACAUGCUCAACGGCAUUCUCCCUUUUAUACCCCCUCCCCCACCUCCAGACACUUUACUCGCCUGUUCACAGCGAUGCAAGCCUUCCGCAACGCAGUGGCGCUGGUGGAGAUGGGCAAGCGCAAGUACAACCUCGCAGAACCCCAGAUGCUCAACGGCAUUCUCCUCUUGAAGCAGGAGAUUCCCAAGAUCGAGCCUGCGCAGCUGGCUCGGGAGCUGGGUCGGCAGGUCACCGGGCCUGAGGGCCAGGCUCGGAACUACGCGGUUUCGGCGCUGAGGGUGGCUCAGAAUGGCCUGACGUCUUUUGAGGUGCAGAAGAACACGAAGAGGAUGCAGGAGCUGAGAGAUCAGCAGCUGCAGCGGGUGCAGAAGGAGAAGCAGCAGCAGCAGCAGCAGCAGCAGCAGGGGGUGCAGGGGCAAGGGGGUGCCGUGGACACGUCACCUCCUUCCACCGGCCUCCGCGGCAGCAGCAGCAGUAACCGCCGGCCACGUGGCAUCCCCACCGGCGGGAAUGGCGCCGCGAUUUCCAGUAACGGGUCGGCCACGCGAUUCGCGCCUGGAGCGCCGUUGAAGCGACCGUUGGAGCGGACGAGAGACAGAGUCUUUGAGGAAGAUCCGGCGGAGGAAGCCGCCGCUGCGCGCCGCGCGAUCGGCGCGCCGCUGUACGACGCGCAGGGACUCGCGAAAUUCUACUCGAAGCGACCGUUAGAGGUGGUGGGUCGAGCGAUGCGCGUAACCACGGCUCUCGGCUCCGUCGCCGUCUCCGUCCUGAUCGACCGGCAACGAGGCCAGCUAGACGCCAACAUGCCGCGCCGAGCCUCGCAGCUUCGGCGCGCGCUGACGAGCCUGGGCCCCACGUUCGUGAAGCUAGGUCAGGCGCUCUCCACCCGCCCGGACCUGUGCCCGCCGGCUUAUUUGGACGAGCUCGCGUUGCUGCAGGACGCGCUGCCGACGUUUCCCGAUGCAGAGGCGUUUGCGUGCAUAGAAGGGGAGCUGGGUCGACAGAUGGAAACCAUGUUCGAGUCGAUUAGCCCUUCCCCGAUUGCUGCUGCUAGUCUCGGGCAGGUCUACAAGGCGCGUUUGAGCGGGUCGGGGACCGAAGUGGCAGUGAAGGUGCAGCGCCCGGGCAUCACAACAGCCAUCGGGCUGGACUUUCUGCUCAUCAGGGGGCUGUGCUCGCUGGUGGAUAAAUACGUUGAUUCGCUCACGACCAGCUCGGUGGCGCUUCUAGACGAGUUUGCAGACCGGGUGUACCAGGAGCUCAACUACGUUCAAGAAGCUCGCAACGCGCGGCGCUUUCGGCAGCUGUAUGGCAACCAGAACGGGGUGUAUGUGCCGCAGAUCGUGUGGCGCAACACAUCGUGCCGGGUGCUGUGCAUGGAGUGGGUGGAUGGGGUGAAGCUGAGCGAUGCAGCGAGCAUGAGGCAGAACAACCUUGAUGUCAUUGACUUAGUGGAUAUCGGGAUUCAAUGCUCCCUCAGGCAACUCUUGGAGUUUGGCUACUUCCAUGCGGACCCUCAUCCCGGCAACCUGCUUGCCAUGUCUGAUGGCCGCCUGGCCUUCCUUGACUUUGGCAUGAUGAGUGAGACGCCUCCUCGAGCCCGCUUCGCCAUCAUAGGCCACGUGGUGCAUCUGGUGAACCGGGAUUAUGAAGCCAUGGCUCGGGAUUAUUAUGAGCUCGACUUUCUAGACCCCUCAGUGGACGUGGCGCCCAUAGUGCCGGCUUUGAGGGGAUUCUUCGAUGAUGUGCUGCAGGCGACUGUCAGCGAGCUUAACUUUAAAACCAUAGUGGAUGGCCUAGGGGCGGUGCUAUACCAAUACCCUUUCAAUGUCCCGGCCUACUACGCGCUCAUCCUGCGCUCCCUCACGGUGCUUGAGGGCCUGGCUCUCUACUCCGACCCCAACUUCAAGGUCCUGGCAGCAGCAUACCCCUACAUGGCAAAGCGCCUCCUGACCGACCCCAACCCCUACCUGCGGGACGCCCUAACCGAGCUUCUCUUCAAAGACGGGGUUUUCCGCUGGUCGCGCCUGGAGAACCUCCUCACGCAGGGGCAGAGAGACCGCGACUACAAGACAACCGACAGGGGCAGAGAGACCACUGCCAUGCGCCUACUUUCCCUCCCCCCUGCUGCUUUUUUCUUGUCUCACCCACCCACCCAUUACAGGUGCUCGCAGCAGCAUACCCCUACAUGGCCAAGCAACCUCCUCACGCAGGGGCAGCGCGACCGCGACUACAAGACAACCGACGCCCUCCAGCCGCUCAUGGCCCUCAUCCUAGGGCCCGAGGGAAAACCGCUGAGAGCACUGGUGGUUGCUGAAGGGGUGAGGGUCGCAGAGGCGCUGCUGGUGGCUGGGGCUGUGGAUGGGGCGAUGGAAGUGUUACCAGAUGCGGUUACCACCGCGCUGCUGCCCCGACCGCUGGUGCCGCUGAGAGAAGCGUUAGAGGCGGCGAGAGGGGGGGGUGGGGGUGCGGGUGGGAGCGGGGGUGCGGGAGGGGGUGCGGGGGUGGGGAGGGGAGCGGGGAGGGGGGAUGCGAGAGGGAGGAGUAUGGAGGAGAUGGUGGAGUUGAGGGCGCAGGUGCUGCGGUGCUGGGCUUUGCUGAGGACUUCGGAUGGGUUUGACCCGGCAAGCCUGCUUCCGCUUGUGGAUGUGAGUGCUGUUGUGGUGCUGUGGUGGUUUGUUGAUAUGUCUGAGGAGGCGAGGGAGAUGGGGUCAGACUUUGCUACAGGCUCGCUGCAGGGACUGGACACUCAUGUUUUUCUUUCUGCUUUUGACCCAAAACCCAUCCCAACCGCUUGCUACCCCGCAGGUGCUGCAACAGGAGGAGGUGAGGGAGAUGGGAUCGGAUUUUGCUACAGGCCUGCUGCAGAGACUGGCAGCACGCUCGCUACAGCUGCUGCUACAACCUCCGCCUUCCUCCCAGACCCCUGCACCUGCACCAGCUCUGUAGGGCUCUUGCAGCCAGCGCCCAAGGCUUUCUAG